ACAGACUUUGGAAAUUCUCAGGUCUCCUUGGCACUCUCUUCAGAGAUGUGUUGACUAUCUUUUGUCGGUUGGUCAAACAUUUGCGACCGAUAGCGUCUGUGGAUGUGGACAUUCCUUCCCUGUCUGAAGACAACAGGCUUUAUUUGAGGACUGCAUGAAAAGCGAGAGGAGUGGACAGAAACAACGGCUGUGCAUGGUUAGGUUCAAGGCACAGCCAGGAUCGCAGAGUCGACUUAACUCAUUUAUACAGAAGUCUUGGCUUCUUUCUUCAUUUCUUUGUCAUGCUCACCAUAAAAUACAGAUAAAAGAAGAGUUUAAGGAGGAGUUCAGACUGUGAUAAAGGUAGAAUCGGGCUAUCACUAUGGAUACUUUUAGAAACAAAAUGUGGACACUUUAUGAGAAAGCGGUGCCACACAGCAGAUUUUGUGAUCCAGCCUGCGGUGUCAGUCCUGCAGAGAAACUGAGCCCAGAGCACCUACAGCUUCUGAGAAAUGCUUUUACCUGUUCAAAGGCUGGACUUCAGACACAGGAACACAAGCUGAAGGGAAGCAAUAGAGGUACAAGUGAAGAACGUGGAUUGACGUUUGAGGAGUUUUGGGACGUUCUGAAGUCUGUCAUUGGCCCAAAUAUUGAGGACACGUGGUGCAAGAGAUUCUUUGAUGAGGUAGAUAUCAGCUGCACUGGACAAAUAAAAUGGCAGCAGCUGUGUUCCUACUUGCUUUUGGAGUACACUGAGCGACAGCGGGCCUCCAUUCCCACAGCUGCUCUGCUGGAGGCCCAGCCUCAGAUUAGACAUUGCUCUCAUAACAAGCGGGAGCCAACAGUCCGUGUGGUUGCUGUUUCCCAUCCUCCUCCACUCCGCUAUAUUAGCAUCAGUAAGGGGGGUCAGAUCACCGUCUGGAACAGCAGCCUACACACCCUCAAAACUUUAGGGCUUGCUGGAGACCCAACAGAGGAAGUGGCAAACACAAGGAGAUUCAGGGGUUGGACCACCGAUGCUGUGUACAUGGGCAACGUCCAUAGGAUUGCCAUAGCAACUGACUGCAGGGACUUGCGCUUUGUUACUAUUUCUUCAAACUGUUUGUUGGAGGAAAUUCACCUAUAUGGGUUUCGCAGUGUGCCGACAUGUCUGUGUUACUGGUAUGAUGUGCAGGGUUUUCACUCCAAGAGUCUAGAACAGCCUCCUCUGCUGCUACUGGGGGAUGAAAAAGGAGGAGUCCACCUAAUGUGGUUCUUGAACUCAUCCAAGGGACUUUUUAAGAAACCAUCAAAGAGAGACAAAGGUCCACAAAGGAUCUUUUUCCAAGAUCUUGGCAAACACAGCGACAUGGUGUCCUAUCAGCACAUCCCCAGCAUCCACCAGGAACCAAUUACCAGAGUAAUGUUUGAACCCAGUACCAAUGUCAUCAUGACAUCGUCAGAAAGUGACACCACAUCUGUGGUCUUUAUGAAUGUGUCGUUGAAGCAGGAGCCUUACAUUUGGAAAUUUAAGCAGGGAGCCAAGUGUUUCGACUACAACACAUCCCUGCAGUUGAUGGUUACAGGAGGCUCUGACCGAAAAGUCAGACUGUGGUCACGAUACGUGACUUCAAGUCCUGUGGCUACACUGCUGGGUCACCACACCACGGUACUGGAUGUUGCAAUUUACCAACAUGUCGGGCAGAUCUUCAGCUACUCUAGAGAUGCUGAACUAAGAGUUUGGGACAUUUCUACCCAUCAGUGUUUGAAAGUUCUCCGCCUGCAGUUUCCCUGUCUGCAACCAGGUCGCAUCCCAGAACACGGAAAUUUCCCCUUUCUGUUGCUUAGCCCUCCUCUUCCUGAUGAAAUGCAACCUCAUUUAGUGGUGGCCUGCAAAGAUUACCUGGCAGUGCUCAAUCUGUCAGAAAAGAGAAGAGGAGGAGGGGGUUGGUUGACAGAUGAGGAAUUCAGGACAGAAUUUAGACAGGGUCCAUACCUCUCAUGUGCCUUGUACAACCCCACCCUGAGGCAGGUGGUGACUGGACAUGCUGACUCAUCGGUCUUUCUGUGGGAUGUAGAGACAGGAAAGAGGCGGCUUUACAUUUUAAAUGCUCAUGGAGAAGAGGUGCUCUCCUGUAUGGCAGUGGACUCCUCUCACAGAAGACUAAUCACGGGAGCUCGUAAUGGCACUAUUAAGGUGUGGAAUCUACUAAAUGGCCUAAAUUUACACAAGCUGGAGCCCGUCACCAACUCUGAAGUCACUGGGUUGACCUGUCUCCACGACAACCGUCUACUGGCUGUGGGGUGGAGCCAGUGCAUCACUCAGUACAGCAUUGCAGGAGACAAGGUAAAAUCAAGGGACUUGAAGGUGAGAGCAGAAACGUCCUGGAAGUCCAGCGGUGUCCACAAGUCAGACGUCUUGGCUGUGUGUCAGUGCUCUGCUCUGAGCGUUGUUGCUACAGCCAGUUAUGAUGGAGAGGUAGUGAUCUGGAGCAUGGAGACACAAAAACCGAUGCUCCACCUGCAGAGAGGGACGCAGGCACGGUCAGCUCUCCCCGUGGAUAGCAUCUUGUUCCUUCAGCAUCGAGCUGGCAGGAAACAAUUAAGAAACAAGGGUGUCCUAGUGUCAUCCCAAGGUGGUUGGCUGUGCUUUUGGAGCAUCACUGGUGAGAAUCGCAGUUACGGUCAUUUCUACGCUCCAGAGCAGCCAGGUGAGCGUGUGCUUAGCCUGAACUCAGAUCAGUCUAAAAACACCAUUCUGAUCUCAGGUGACACAACGGGCUCACUUCAGAUUUGGGACAUUUCUUCCUAUGCAAUGGACAUCCAACCUGAGGCAACUUGUGAACAACCUCCACUGCUGCAAUCUUGGAGGGCUCACAAAAGGGCUUUGAUAUGUGUGGAAGUCCUUGAAGUGUUUGACAGACUGUUUGUCCUGACAGCAUCAGUUGAUGGUUCAGCUGGACUAUGGACAGAGGACGGCAAUCAUGUGGGGUUUUUUGGGCAAGAGGUGAUGUGGAAUAUCGCUGACCCAGGAACUUAUCAUAGGAAUACACGGAACAAUCUGAGAGAAGAGAGGAGGACUGAAGGUGAAAAUAGGGAAGCCAGUGACAUCCAAAGUCAAGUACCUGACCCUACUAGCCGUGAUCAGACUUCACAGGAAGAAUGGUGUUCUGAAGCUUCAUCCACCCGAGCAGGAGUGAAUGACCACGAGCAACCUCAGCAACCUAUGUAUCCAUGUGAGGACCUCUGCCAGACAGUAGCUUUGUGUUACGAGAGGAGAGGAGUCUUUGAGGACAUCGACCACAGCAAUCGCUGCUGAUUGGCUCUUUCUUGUCUCUUCAGACUCAGGUGGUCCUGCUGGAGACGGCUUUAUUGAAGAUUUGCCCACAAUCGGCUGUGUGUUUUAUCAAAAUUUGACUGGCAGCUCAAAGCUCAGCGUGCAGCAUCUGAAAGAAAAAAGUGAGUCAGAUGUAGAAAGAGAUUCAAACGUGAACAUUGUUCCUUUGUGUUCCUUUUAUGAAGUUGUUUUGAAACAGCAAAUUGAAUAUGUCCUUUUGAAUAUGCGAUGAACUCACUGUGCUGGAAGGAUUUUCAGUGUCACUGCACUGUCUCUUCUGCAUUUCAUAUGCUGUAUUAUUUUUUGCCCUUUGUCCCUCGCUUUCAGCUUUCAUCUUAUUCCGCUGUAAUGUUUGCAAACUAAUGUAUGAUGUUUGGCCCAUUUAUUCAUAAUAUACUUCUUUUAUAUGCAUAAAGAAAAAAAUUUGACACUUUGGGAAAUAUCAACACUGUGAUGGUGGUGUGCUAGCCAAGCAUAGUGGAGUGUAAAUUAUGUAAAUGGCUUGCCUGGCUCUGUGCAACAGUAUUGAAAUUUGCCUAAUCAGGACCUCUAAAAGCUCACAAUGUGUAAAAAUGAGAAAUAACUUUAUGGGGGUAGGGGUGGGAUUGUACUCUGUGCUAUUCUUGUUUUUGUUUUUUGAGUGGGUGCAACUUAGAGCUGUCCUCCCAGGAAAUGACUAUACUGUAUUUCCAUUUGUGUUUGUAUCUAUUUCCCAUUUUCCUAGCAAAAUAUGAAGAAAUGAUGUGCUUUUGUACAAUAUAGUGGGGUGCUUAGCAUUUUGUUACCUUUGGAAAAAGCUGAGCAAACUGUUUCGCUGUAAUUCCCUUCUUUAUGCUAAGCUAUAGCAAAGAGAAUGAUAUAUAACUAUGAAAGGACAGAGAGCUGAAGUAGUUUUAAAUGAAGUUAGCUCUCUGACUUGUUGCAGGUCUUUGCAGAUAAUUUGAAGCUUCCUGAUAUGAUACUUCUAGGUCAUCCAAACAGUCAUCUAGACAGGAAAACAUCAGAGCCAUCGCAUCGCUUUAUCUCAACAAAAGCCACCCUGUACUUAUCAUCACAGUUUGGCUAAAUUGCAGAAAUUGGUGACACAAGA